UAUCAAUUACUAAUCAUGGCAUCCAUGACGAAAGCUAAAGCUCUAGAGAAAGAGUUGCAAGACGAACUGGAGCAGCUAAAGAAACUUCAAGCCGACAUGCGCAAGAGUGUGGGCAGUAGACAGCAAUUGGAAUCACAACUGAGAGAAAAUCAAAUUGUCAAAGACGAGUUAGGAUUACUCAAACCAAGUAAUACGGUUUACAAGCUGAUUGGUCCAGCCCUGGUGAAACAGGAUCUCACAGAAGCGAAACAGACAGUCGAUAAACGACUCGAAUUCAUCAACAAAGAAAUAGAGCGGUGUGAGGCUGUCAUCAAGGACCUGGAAGGCAAGUCUGAACAGAAGAAAGAAAAACUUGUGAAAUUGCAGACGUCACUACAAGCUCAACUACAGACAUCAUUUCAGAAACAGAAACUGAAAUAAGCGUGUCGAUGUACUACGUUAUGUAGUGAGCUUUUUUGGAUCUUGAUAGCUAGAUGGGGUCAAGGCUAGGAAUUUGUGUUUAGUUGUAAUUAAGUUAAGUGCUGAAUGUUUGCAUUAUGUUACCAAACAGAGCUGCCUCAUGAGUGAUAAAUUA